AUGGCUGAUGUGAUUAAAAGUGAUAUUGAGAAGAUCGAGCGAGCUCUCAACAUUCGUGUGGAAGAUGUGGAAAUUGAAGUUGCAUUAAAUGCUGCAUAUCCUCAAACGAUUUCCAAAAUUCUCGACGAACAGCAAGUUACAAGUGAACAAAUUGAUGACAUUCCUGAUAUUGAAUUAAUAGAAGAGAACUCUCCACGCACUGAUCCAUCGUCUUUACUAACAUUUGCCACAGCACUGAAUCUUUGUUAUCAGCGUAAACUGUUCCAGUUAUCAAAAUAUUGUCAAUCAUUAAUUACUACGGAGAAAGUCUAUCAAUCAUUGAAUGAAACUCUUCCAUUGCAAAGUUUCGAGUUUUAUUCGGAUCAUAUUUCCAGUCGUUUACCUAAUAUUCGUCGAAUGAUGCAACGGGAAGAAAAAGCACGUCUAAGUUCAAAUGAAACGACAGAAAAAUUAAUCGAAUGUGUUGCAGAAAAUCUACGCAAGACGAAAGAUCACGAAUUGACUCGAAGGAUUGAGAUUUUACAAACAUCGACACGUGAUAUAGUUGUUAUCGAUCAAGAACUUCAAAAUUUGAAAAAGGCAUUGGUUGAUCUACGAACUCUAUCAAAUAGAGAAUUAAUUCAACAGGAAGGUGCAAAUGAUUUCAUUGAUUGGACGUAUAUUGCUGAGACAUUAAUGAAUAACCAAUACACUGUAAAAUGCUGCCGGCAUGCGUGGCAACAACUGUGUUUACCAACUAUUCGUUACAAUCACGAUUGGUCGGAAGAAGAAGAUCAACUACUAAGAGAUUUAGUGCAAAUUCAUGGACCAUAUGCGGAUCAAUGGACAACAAUUGCAUCGAAUUUUUCGCAACGCUCAGCACUGAUGUGUGCAACUCGUUAUAUGAGUUUAGAAAACAGUCGUAUAGAUAAAUUGAAGUUUUCUAAUGAUCAAUUAAAUGAAUUCAAACAAAUGGUCGAGGAAGAUCGUCACAACAAUUAUAUUCCAUUGAACAAAAUUGCUUACAAACUCGGCUGCAGCCUUUCAACCAUACAUCGAGAAUGGCGUCGGAUUGAUCCAGAUGUUCGACGAGGCCAAUGGCAAGCACUUCUACAAAGCGUAUCAAAGCAAUCAAAUCGAAGAACAAUCAAUUGGAAUCUUGUUGCUUGUGAUGUACCUGGCCGUUCGCAAACGAAAUGUUACAAUCGAUACGUGCAUCUGACUAGAGAACGAGACAAAAUCGAGUUUCGUCCGGAAGACGAUCAAGUACUAAUCGAACAGCAUCAACUUCAAAAUGCUCGUUGGGCACAAAUCCAACCAUUUUUUCCUGGUAGAUCGUGUUAUACAUUACAAAAUCGGCUGAGGAAACUGAUGCAAUAUCGGCACAUAAAUGAACUAUUCCAUGUUCAACAAAUAACAGUUCAGUCGUUCAUUUUAAGACAAUUUCCAAGCAAAGAAUCAGUCAUUUCCACUUCGAAUAGUAUGUAUCAAACCCCAGGAUUUCAAUUAACAUACGAUCAACUGCAAUAUUUAACGUCGAAUUCUUUAUUUAUUCAACUUUGCAAUGAAAUCGACUUGAAUCAGAUAAAUGGUUCAAUGGGUAUUCGACAAUUCCUCAAUAAACUAUCUACAUGUCAAAAUGUCGAUGAAAUGAAACAACAUUUAUUUUCAAUGAAAGCAACUCGUCGUAAGACAAAUAAAUAG